AUGGAGAUUGAUGUCAGUCUUCAAACUAACAAUAAAAGUCUUCAUGAAGCUGCCAGAGAUGGCAAUAUUGAUGUUUUUGAGCUUCUACUUAAGAAAGAUGUAGAUAUUAAUAUUCAGGAUGAAAAUGGGGCAACAGCUCUAAUGUUAGCUAGUUAUAAUGGUCAUGCUCAGAUUGUUGAACUGCUACUCAAAGAACAUGCAGACAUUAAUAUUCAGGAAGAAGAGGGGAGGACUGCUUUAAGGCUAGCUAGUGGUAAUGGUCAUUACCAGAACAUGCCAACAUUAAUCUCCAGAGUAAUGAUGGAGUGGACUCCUCUAAUGGUAGCUAGUCACAAUGGCCAUUACAAAUUUGUAGAACUAUUGCUCAAAGAGCAUGCUUACAUUAAUAUUCAGGAAAAAGAUGGAUGGACUGCCUUAAUGCUAGCUAGUCAAAAUGGUCAUCACCAGGUUGUUGAACUACUACUCAAAGAAGAUGCCAACAUUAAUACUCAGGAAAAUGAUGAACAGACUGCUCUAAUAAUAGCUAGUCGAAAUGGUCAUCACCAGAGAAAAGAUGGGGUGUCUGCUUUAAUGCUAGCUAGUCAAAAUGGUCAUCACCAGGUUAUCGAACUAUUGCUCAAAGAACAUGCAGACAUUAAUACUCAGAAGGAUGGUCUUACUCCACUCAUGGUAGCUUCAUCAUGUGGACAUGUUGAUAUAGUGGAUGCUCUCAUACAAGCUGGAGCUGAUGUUAAUAAACAAGAAAGUCAUUGGGGAUUCACUCCUUUGUUUUUUGCAAGGACAGUACAAGUCCUCCUACAAGCAGGAGCUAAUGUCAACAGUACAGACAAUGAUGGGUACAGUCCACUAGUAUAUGCUAUAACAGGACACAAGUCACUUCAAGUUAUAGAACAACUACUUAAAGCUGGUGCUCAACUCAAUGUCUUUAUUAAUGACCAGACUGCCAGAGAUGGCAAUAUUGAUAUUGUUGAAUUACUAAUUAAAGAACAUGUAGAUAUCAAUAUUCAGGAUGAAAAUGGAGAGACAGCUUUAAAGCAUGCAGACAUUAAUUUUCAGAUGAAUGACGGAGCGACUGCCUUAAUGUUAGCUAGUGAAAGUGGUCAUACCCAAGUUGUCAAACUAUUACUCAAAGACCAUGCAGAAAUUAAUCUCCAGACAAAUGAUGGAGUGACUGCCUUAUUAGUAGCUAGUCAAAAUGGUCAUACCCAAGUUGUUGAACUAUUACUCAAAGAGAAUGCAAACAUUAAUCUUCAGGCGAAUGACGGAACGACUGCCUUAAUGAUAGCUAGUCAAAAUGGACUCCAGAUUGUUGAAAUAUUACUCAAAGAGCAUGCAGACAUUAAUCUUCAGAGAAAAAAUGGAGCGACUGCCUUAAUGAUAGCUAGUGAAAAUGGUCAUAUUCAAAUCAUUGAGCUAUUACUGAAAGAGCAUGCUGACAUUAAUACUCAAGAUAAAGAUGGGUGGACUCCCUUAAUGGUAGCUAGUCAAAAUGUUCAUUUCCAGGUUGUUGAGGUAUUACUGAAAGAACAUGCUGAUAUUAGUACUCAGAAUAAAGAUGGGUGGACUGCCCUUAUGAUAGCUAGUUUAAAUGGUCAUACCCAGGUUGUUGAACUGCUACUUAAAGAACAUGCCAACAUUAAUCAUCAGAAAGAAAAGACGGAAACACAUGCUGACAUUAAUACUCAGAAUGAAAAUGGAUGGACUGCCCUAAUGCUAGCUAGUCACAAUGGUCAUCUCCAGGUUGUUGAACUACUACUUAAAGAACAUGAAGAAGAUGGAUUGACUGCCUUAAUUGUAGCUAGUUUUAAUGGUCAUACUCAGGCUGUUAAACUACUUCUCCAAUGGGAUGCAGAUGUUAGUAUUCGAAAUGAAAAUGGUUACAAUGCCCUAAUGGUAGCUUGUGAAAAUGGUCAUCUUGAAGUUGGUGGAAUCUUCAUCAUGUGGAAUGUUGAUAUAGUAGAUGCUCUCAUACAAGCUGGAGCUGAUGUUAAUAAACAAGAAAGGUUUUGGGAGUUCACCCCUUUGUUCUUUGCUGUAGUAAGAGGAGCUAGUUUAAAUGGUCAUCACCAGGUUGUUGAAGUUUUACUCAAAGAGCAUGCAGAUGCCAAUAUUCAGGACAGUAGUGGUUGCACUGCACUAAUGCUAGCCUGUCAGAAUGGUCACAUUGAGGUUGUUGAACUACUGCUCAAAGAGCAAGCAGACAUUAAUAUUCAGACCAAUGAUGGAUGGACUGCCCUAAUGGUAGCUAGUCAAAAUGGUCAUUCCCCGGUGUUUGAACUACUGCUCAAAGAGCAUGCAGACACUAAUAUUCAGACCCAUGAUGGAUGGACUGCCCUAAUUCUAGCUAGUGUGUCACUGGAGGAGAGAGAAGACUCAGAAAAUGGUCGUAUUGAUCAAGACUACCACUUUGCUUUAGAAGAAG